AUGGAUUUCCAAAAGGAGGACCUGAGCUUCCCAGGUGCGUGGGUUUCACUGUACUUUGGAUUCCUGGGGCUGUGUUCUGUGGUGACCAGCAGCUGGAUUCUCUUUCUGCACUGGAGGAAAAACUUGCAUCAGGAAAAGCAUGCCAAGGAGUGGGUGGAGGCGAUGAGAGCCACCACGUUCACCUACAGUCCACUGUUGUACUGGAUUAACAAGCACUGGCGUGGCAUGAAUGCAGCCAUCAACACAGGCCCUACCCCUGCUCUCAACAAGACUGAGGCUGAAGUUCAGAAUUCAGAUCCUCUGUGGGAGUUGGACAUCCCGGAGAGCAGAAGCUAUGCUGCCCAAGACAGCAGCCCCAAGGUGGAGACCCCUGUCCUUCUGCAACCUGCACUGCAGCUGUUCCCACAGCAGCCCUUACCUUCCCCUGUGCCACGGUCCCAGACCAGCUCCCCACUCCCAAUUCCCAUCUUUCAGGAGGUGUCCUUUGCCAUCUCCCUGUGCAAUGUACCCCCAAUGCUGAGCCACUCAGUCUCUUACCCUUUGGCCACAUGUCCUGAAAGGAACAUCCACUUCCAUUCCCUCCCCACACUGGCCCUUGAGGACCACUGCUGCUAUGCCAAGCCUUUUGCUUCAUAA